UAUAUAAUUAUAAAUUUGGGACGAUCAUAAAAUAGUUGAGGAAACAAGUGUUAAUAUAUCAAUAUAGUAUAGCCAUGGAAACACGUACGGGAGAACAGCUGCAAGUUAAUUACAAGAAAGUUCCUUCUGUCCAGGAAAUGGCCAAGAACAAACUUGUGACCAUUCCAUCGCGAUAUGUACGCGAAGAUCAGGACCGUUCAUCAUCAAAUAAUAAGGAAGUUCCAGUUAUUGAUAUGCAACGAUUAAUCAAUGACUCCAUGAAUCUCGAGCUUAACAAGUUGCACUUUGCAGCCAAAGAAUGGGGUUUCUUUCAGUUGAUUAAUCACGGAAUUAAUUCUUCAUUGGUGGAGAAGAUAAAAAACGAGAUUAAAGAAUUAUUCAAUCUUCCAUUAGAAGAGAAGAAGAAAUUUGAACAAUCAUCAGGGGAAUUAGAUGGAUUUGGACAACACUUUGUUGUCUCUGAUGAACAAAAGCUUGAUUGGGCUGACCUCUUUUACUUGAAGACUGCACCUCCAUACUUGCGGAUGCCUAUAUUUUCCAAGCUUCCCCUUUCACUUAGAGAGACAAUCGAAGAGUACUCAGAAGAAGUAAAGGAGCUAAGCAUCAAACUUUUGAAAAUGUUGGGUAGAGCUUUGGGGAUUGAUGAAGAAGAAGUGAAGAGUCUAUUCGAAGAAGGAAUGCAAUCAAUGAGGAUGAAUUAUUAUCCACCAUGUCCACAACCAGAAAAAGUGAUGGGACUUACUUCUCAUUCAGAUGCAACAGGCCUUACAAUACUUCUUCAAGUCAAUGAAAUUCAAGGUCUUCAAAUUAAAAAAGAUGGAAUUUGGAUUUCCAUUUUACCUCUUCCUAGAGCUUUCAUAGUCAAUGUUGGAGAUGUUUUUGAGAUUUUCUCAAAUGGAAUUUACAAGAGCAUAGAGCAUAGAUCAGUGGUGAGCUCAGAAAAAGAAAGGAUUUCAAUAGCAACAUUUCACAAUUCAAGAUUGGAUGGUGAAUUAGGUCCAGCUAAUAGCCUUAUUAAUGCUCAUAAUCCACCAAAAUUCAAAAAAAUUGAAGCCACUGAAUUUUAUAAAGGAUAUCUCACACGUGAACUUGUUGGGAAAUCAUAUGUGGACACCAUGAGAAUUAAUUAGUAGUUGUAUUAUUGGUACCUGCGUAAAAUCCUUCGAUUAUGAAAGGAUUAAAACAAAAUAAAUACCCCCCCCCCCGCUUGAUAUAAUAUGUGAUGAAUAGAUAUAAUUAUAAUAUGCAUUACAUUGAAAAUGCAUAAGUUAAGGUAAUUCCGACUUCAAAUAUAUUAUUG